ACGGGAUGUCAACAAAUAUGGCCGACAGAGAGAAGCGCCGGUCCGCCGUGCCCGGGGAGUCUCCCCCCGCGGUGGUUGCCGAGCCGGGCCCCAAAGCCUCCGGGCCGGACGCCGACCGAGAAUUCCUGUCGCAGGCCGGCGUGGGCGAGCUGCUUCGCGGCGCCGUGUUGAAGAUGGUGGAGGCCCGGCCGGACGACCCCGUCGGCUUCCUGGCCGACCACUUCGGCAGCUUGGCCGCCGCCGUGGUGGAGAGCGGCGACGAAGCUCUCAAGGAGCCGCGUCUGAACGACGGCCCGCCGGAGGAAGGAGGAGGCGGCGCCCAGGCUCAGCAGCGACUCAACCGAGCGCUGUGGCACCUGCGCCUGGCCCACCACUCGCAGAGAUCAGCAUUUGGCAACAAUGUCCGUGUGGCUUACGACCUCCUGAGCCUGGCGGGAACCUUCCGGCAUGCGGGCGAGGGCAGCCCCGCGGGAGCAACGGGAGGUGGCGUGAGUGGUGGCCUUUACACUCAGACCUUGCGGUGUUUGUGCGGCGAGGGUGGCGUCCCGGCCUCCACUUCCGCCCCGCUACUGGGCCGCCUCCACUGCCACGACCACGAGGCUGUCCCGUACGGCGUCUUCCGCCACGGCGUGCUGACCUGCGCCGUUUUCUCCGACUACAUCCGCCAGGCGCAGCGGCUCUACGCCCAGGUGUGCCGCCCGGACGAGGGGCCGGCUUUGCGGGCCCCGUGCCUGGCCGUGCUGGGCGCCCUGAGGGAGGCUCUGGAGACGUCGCGCGACGCCGACUCCUCCGGCGUCCAGGUGCUGCGUCGCCUAGAGGCCAGCGCCAAAAUGUCGCCGCACCAGGUGGCAUGCGCCAUGACUGAAGCGCAGGCGCGAGGCCCGGCUGGCCACAUGGACGCCAAAGAAUUUGAGAACGCCGCCGCGAAACUCUUUAUCGCUUGUGUGAAAGUCGUCUCGUAGCUUGCUUUUCUCCGUGACGUCACACAUAUUUCCGGGUGGCUUGGGACAUCACCGAUGGCACCAUUAGUAAACAAACUCUUCUGUGUCCUUUGACCAAAGCAGGGCCAUUGAGCUAGCGAUAAAUGAUUAUUGUAGCCUUCCUCUCUACUGCUAGUUGUUUGAAUGUGUGAAGUGUCAGUCGAAAAUAAGGUGUGAGCCACUUAGAACUAAAGUGGGGUAGCUCCAUUUUUGUCAUUUUGCUGGAGAGGAAUUUUCUGGCGAUGAUAAAAUCUGCCUCCCCUCAAGUAAGAGUCUGGGUGUCAUCCUUGACAACAGUCUUUUCAAACUAGCGUAAACAUCACCCUUUCCGCUUACUUUCACUGACAAAACAUCAGGCUUCUCUGUCCAUUUCUCACCCCCAUACACAUACAAGAUUUUAGCCCUGUUAUUUAGGGAUAGAUCUGAGAUUAUAUUAGAUUAUAAUCCGACAGAUGAUAAAAGGUCAAUUUAAAACUGGGUAAACUUCAAGGAAAUUUGUAUUUAAAGUUUCUGUUAACUUUAUGAGAGUUGCUGCUGACCCUGAGAAGUCCCUCCACUUGUUGUUUUUGUUUGAAUUUAAAACAAACAUAAGAUUAACAUUUCAGUUACUUAGAAAUUUUGGAAAAAAAAUUGUUUUAACUUUAUAAAACAUGCUGUUGAGCCUGGGAGCUCCCUGCACUUUGUGUUUGAAUUUCAAAACAAAGAUGUACAUUGUCACAGUUACACACAAAAUAAUAAUAAUUUAAAUAUAUAUAUAUAUAUAUAUAUAUAUAUAUAAUAAAAGUUGUUUAAUCGACAUGGACUUAAAGCCAUUUAAAUGAAGUGUUGGAGCUAGUAUUAAAAAUGUUGAUGCCAAUAUUUUCCCUUUUACUGCAAAUGAAUAUCGGCUCCAAAUAUCUGUAUCAGCCCCCUUGACUACUACUAGUAAUCUGUAUCGGCCCUGUAAAACCAUAUUGGUCAAUCUCUACCCUUAUUGGCCUGUUAUUGUGGCCAAUUUUCCAGGCCUGGCAUAUUUUGUUGGGAGUGACAAAACCCUUUGUAGUGUGUCAUACAAGUACAUCUCAAUAAAUUAGAAUUAUUCUAAUUUACUGAGAUGACAUACCGAAAUAAAUUGUGCAACAGAAGCCUGCA